UCUGACGCGACCUCACUGCGCGGGAGCCUCAUCGCAGCGCCGUAAUCUCAAACGAACACCUCAAUGCAAGCUCGAUAGGCCUUUUCGCGACCGCAUCGUGAUGGUUCUCUGGAGCAUUUGACUGGAGCAGACAUCACGCCAUCCAGCGGUUGCUCGAUAGAUGACGACAUCAUUAUCUUGAACGCCUCGCAAGCUCGACAGCUUCAAUUCUUCUCACUAACUGACUUCAACUUACGAGUGCAGCAUCAAGGCAGCAACCAUAGCUUCCACUACCGCUCCUCGCCGCCUCGCGCGUUUUCUGCACACCAUGUCCGCAACAGCUCCUACCAAACCGGUGCUCCCACCGGCGCCCUGGAAGGCGCUCUUCAACCAGCAUGUGUCCAAGAUGCCUACGCCGCAAUUCGUCCUCAGUACACUCGCCGCCGCCCCGCCCGGCUCCCCCACGCCCUUCGUCCCCAGAGCUCGCUACUGCAUCUUCCGUGGGUUCUGGACGGAAUUGCCAGAGAACAGCCACAAUGACGCCGAGAGGAACCCAAAGGUGUACGAAAGUGAUUGCCCUACUUUGACUACGGAUGUGAGAAUGGAGAAGGUCGGCCAGAUAUUUGGGACUAGUGCCGGCCACGCUGAGAGCAGCGAACAAACUCAGGGAAGCGGCGGCGGUGGCCCUGUGGAGGCCGUUUGGUGGAUUGAGGAAACGGGCACUCAAUGGCGGAUUAAAGGGCGAGCAUAUAUUGUGGCCAACGACAUUGAGGGUAAAGAAGAGAGCAGCGGAGUUAGGACCGUCAAGAGCGAGGUAGGCAGGAGAAUGAGAAUCGUUGACGACACGAAAGAGAGGGAAUGGAGCUGGACGAGAGAGCUGACAGCUUCUUUUGGAAAUCAAUCUCCAGGCAUCAAAGGCUCCUUCCGUGCCCCUCCGCCGGGUAGGCCAACGACUGAGCCGCACGACGAGAAGAACCUUGAAUUGGGCGCUAAAGUGGAUGAUCUUAACGACCCUGUUGCUCGCAAGAACUUCCGUCUCGUCAUCAUUGUUCCGGAUUCCGUCGAGCAGACAGACCUCAGCGACCCUGCCAAAGCUCGUCGAUUCCUAUACACGUUUGAUGAAAGCAUACGCGCAAACGCUGGCUGGAGGACCGAGGAGCUGUGGCCGUAGAGCGCCCCGGUUCGACCUGCGCGUCACAACGUUCUGACGUGCAGAUCGAGCCAUGUCCGGGGACGCAGCCGUUAAAAGGCUGAAUACACCACCCAGAUGACUUCACAAGCCACAACAAUUUAUCAUAUGAAGGCUUCCACAAGCUUCCCUUCGGUUUUGCUGUGCCGCAGUGCGACAGUUCUCACGUGGGCGGAAAGGACUCGAUCCGCAACCUGCGACCCGCUUGUGCAGCUGUAAGUAUGAUUGAUUAUUGUCCCGAGCCUGUCGCUACGAUCCGAACGCAUAUUGCGUCAAGGUCCGUAAGCAAUCUAGGGCCACACUACACGGGACUUUCAAAUGCCCAUUCGAUAGCCGUUGAUGAGUCC